AUGCUGUCGCAUCUAUUCCGUAUUGUUCAAGGCAGCAAAAUUCAAGGUUUCUGUCGGUCGCGCGAUGAUAGUGGGGAUGUGGGAGGUGGAAACAACUCCUUUAAUGCUUUUUCUCAGCCAUGUCAGCGCGAGAAACAGCGCGACAACUGUGCACAGCAUGGAGUGCAGGGCGGGGCGAAGAGGCGCAUGUUCGGUCUGUUAAAGCUGCACAGCAAUUGCCCAAGUAAGGACGCCCUAACAACAUCUCUAGGAUCUCCUCAUAAGAGUUCAACUACUCAAGGAAGCGACACCUCCUCAACAGCCAGAAAGGACCCCUCAGCAGGGCACAUUCGGUGGGAAAGCGCAUACGAACUGCAGGACGGCAACUGCAGAACUGAAAGCAGCAGCAGCAGCAGCAGCAUCAGUAACAGCAACAGCAACAAAAGCAGUGAGUUAUACUGCCCUGCUUGUGGGGAGCUAGGAGGGGCUCUGCUGUGCCAUGAGUGCGGCCCGCGGCCUGACAACAGCUUUCUCAUUCACUACAGAAGGUCUUACAUGUACGCAGCACUGGACGCCAUCUUAACCAUCGCUGAAUUCAUUCAACGCUCCUUUCGCCGACUGCUCCCCAAAUACUUCUGCACAGGAGGAGGAAAGUCGGAGGCCAAUGCAGAAGCUGGUGGAGCAGCUGCAAAGCAAAACAACACAGCGACCUCAUAUAGAGAAGAGAAAGCAGCAGCACACAGGGGAGUCAGGCGAAGACAGCUGAAAGGCCACCAGGAAAAGGGCUCGUCAAACGCUGACAGGCAUAACCCAGCAGAUGAGCACCAACGAGACGUGCAGCAAAGAAGAGCCGAGAGAUCAACGGAAACAUCGCAGCAGCAGCUGCCGCUGCAGCAGCAGAAGCAGCUAAAUAAACAAGGUCUGCCUAGUUUGCGAGAGUCGAAGAAAGUUACGUACAAGUUUUGGGCUACGGUGAAUUUUCUGGAGGAUCUCUUCGUCAGUUUUUCCUUGCGGCAUCCGUUGCUCGUUUGGGUGUCUUGGAGUUUGUUGAGUAUCGGUUUCUACUGCGUGUUGAAUUGCAUGCUGUGGCCUCUUUUGAUUGUUCUUUUUGUUUACCGUCGCGUCCGCUUCUACGCUUGGGGUGUGGUGGUACGGUGGCGCCGAUCUAUUGUUUUUUCAGAUGACCUGCUAGCGCGUUUGCAGCAGCAGAUGAAAACCUGUUCACGAUCAGGAAUGCUGUUGCCUUUGCCUGUGCCUCGGCGUUUCGGUACUAAAGAUGGGCCUAUUGAAGUGUUGUCGUUGAUGGAAAGCCAGGAAAAGCUCUUUUUUUCUAUGCCAUGGAUGGCUGUCACGGGGUUCGCGUACUGCGAACGACUAAGCUUUCAAGAGCUCUGCAUGGCUAUCACCCAGAAGCUACUGAGACCGAAGACAGAAUUCGCCUGUUUAGCAAACUGUGCAGGGGGUUCCAACUUUCUGGAUCAGUUGCCGCUUUCUGCAUUUCUGCAUCCGCGUCUUCUCGCGAAAGUUCAACGCGUCAUGGGCCGGUACUGCUGGGUGCGUCAACCGGGCUUUCAGGUGUCUCAGCAGGUGGUGAAGUGCACGAAAAAAGGAAUUGAUGUGCUUCGACAGCAGCACUGUGCUGCUCGGCAGGAUACAGAAGCGGGUGCAGACAAAGGAAACAGAAACUCAUCGUGUUCGUGCAGAUCUACGUCGGAAUGCAAUUGCUUGAUGGACGAGACUGACGUCCUUUGUCUCGUGAAUGAGGCGCAGGCUCAACCUCUUGAUCCUAUGAAGCCCCUUUGGCAGUUUCUUUACCUUGAAAAUGUCAUUUUACCGCCAAAUCCCGUUGAAAACCCCCUGCAGAAAGAACGCAUCGGGAGCGCCGUUCUGUUUCGCAUGCAUCACGCUGUGGGUGAUGGCAUCUCCAUUACUCGGAUGUUUCUAAAGGACUUCUUGUGUUCAGCCCCAGCACAUCCUGGGUGCAGCGUCAACGACAAGCCUCUUUACCACACUGACGCAGCAGAGCAAGCUUUUCUGCCUGAGAAAGUUGCAUUUAAUACUAAUGAACGGGGGGCUGGAGGGGCCUCGUCGUAUCAGAGCAGCACCUCUGCCUCUAAUGAUGCUGUAUGUAUAGCCCAAGCGUGCGAUAGCGGCAGUCCUGUGAGCGCUGCCAGCACAAGCACUAUUUGGACGGUAUCAGGGCUUUCUUUGAAGGCGUCAGCUGAGGGCAACGACUCUGAGAAGUGCGUGCUGCGGUCGUCCCAAGAGGAAGCACCAUCUGGAUCUGCAGCACCAGGAGCCACAGCACCAGCAGCAACACAAGCAGCAGCAUCAGCAGGUUUCGGCGUAGUUGCUGCAGCUCAGGUUGGCGCCCCUCAGAAGCCGCCGAUCUCUAUUUGUUCGAUUCCAAAUACUGUCUUCUGGCGGUUUCUUGUGGCUGCUCGCUUUGCCCUUCAACUGCCUUUCUAUGGCGCAGGGAUGGCGAUGCUUUUAAGCUACGACGAGCUGCUAAAAGCUCCAAGAAGUGGCAGUGCGAACAGAACUCGAAUAGCUUCUCCGAUUUGUCUUCCGCUGCAAGAACUGAAGGACCUCAAGACGCGCCUGACUGCAGCAUUGGCGCAGCAGCAACAGCAGCAGCAACAAACGCAUGCAGAACAUACAACUAACGAAGCCACAGCGAAUAGUCGCCUGCUUUCUCGCCUUGUUAAAUAUUCUAGAAACGCAGGAGGAACAAAAGGAAAAAACAAUGGCAUUCGGCUUACUCUCAAUGAUAUAUUUGCAACUUGUAUUGUAGGGGGGUAUUACCGUUGCACAACUCAGCAGGAGCUGGAAGAACGUCAAAAAGCAUUAAAUAGCGGAGUGAGUACAGACACAAAGAAACCUUUAAAUGCCAGCUUAAGAAAAGAACAAAUGAAUUUCGUUGUACCUGUCAAUCUACGGCAUGCUGAAGAAGAAGCAAUGGACCUCCGCAAUCGUUUUGCUUCCCUCAUAAUUCAAAUGCCGAUUACCCCUCAAGGCGACUCCUUACAAAGAAUGCGAGGAGUGCAUGCAGCGCUGAGACGGUCUUUGAGGAGUUUUGCUCUUCCCAUGGUUAUGUGCCUGGAAAGAUGGCUUUAUGCCACUUGGCCGGAUUUGUUAAUGGCGUACUUCCUUCGUUUGACGCAUAAGAUAUCGGUGAUAUUUAGCAGCGUCAUUGGGCCUGCAGCACUUCCUUACAUGUACUGCAGCCGCAUUCAGAGAAUGCAUUUCGUGGUGCCUCAGCCGGGGGAGGUGAGUCAAUUAAAGUUUCUUCUCUAA